CGCCGCCUCGUCGCCGCCUCGUUGCCGCUCUGGCGGCUACACGUAGCCGCCGUUGCCGCCCCCGUCGCCCGCAGCCGCCAGAUGGCUCGAGAGCCGCGCGGGGGCCGAGGGAGAGACCCUCCCCGCCUGGCGGGGCCGGCCCGGCCGUCCCGCGCCCGACUGCUUCCUGCUCGGAGCCCGCUGGAGGACUGAGAAUUCGCGCCCAGACACGCCCAAUGGAGCCGCUCCGGCAGGGAUGCUGGGAGGCGGACGGCGCGGGCGACGCGGGCGCGAGCUGCGACGAGAGCCUGGAGCUGCUGACGUCGGAGGCGGUGCCCGGCCGGCGCCGCCGCGCCCGCGCCGCGCGGGCCGCUCUCGCGGCGCUGGCGGCCUCCGCCGCCGCCGCCCUCGGCGCCGGCGGCCUGGGCGCGCGCGGGCGGCCAGCCCAGCGCGGGGCGGAGAGCGGCGGGACGUGCGGGCCUGGAUCCUGCUGCAGGGGGACGACGGCAACUGCACGGACGUGGACGACAACCAGGACUACACCGCGGCCGCCGACCUGGAGCCCAUAUGCAACGUCACGGGCGCUGCUGACUGCCGGGCAGAGUGCGAGCGCAUGGAGAGGUGUGGGGCGUGGACCUGGGGGAAGGUGCGCGGCUCGCUCGGCCUCACGGACUGCUGCUUCCCCAAGGUGGUGGGGCGAAGCGGGAAGGUCAGGAGGGAGGCCAACGAGAACGUCGUCUCUGGCUUCGCGUGCCGCGGAGGGAACGCAGCCCGGUACGGGGAGCUGCUAUCGGAGGCAGCGCCCGACGUGCCAACCACGGCUGCUUACACUGAAGCCGGCCUGGAGCUGCCCAAGCUCACGAACGGCGAUUUUUCAACGAACGACGACGGCGAUUACAAUCGGGUGGAUCUGAAUGUCAGCGAUUCUCUUGUGUUUGAUCUCGGCGGCGACUACGACGUGACCUCGAUUUCGAUUGCUGGUGGUAAUGCGCAUCUGGGCGGUACGGAAACACCAAAGACGAUCGACAUCUACACGGCUAGCAGUCUGGAUGGGCCUUGGGUCCAAUCUGAAACACUACAGUACCCCACCAUAGUAGAUAACAUCGAUGCUGCUAUAAAUGCUCAACGGAAGGACUUGCCACUGGAGUUGUUGCGAACACGCUUCGUUAAGCUGCACUUCCUGGAUAAUCAUGGUAAUGAACAUGUAGCUGUCCGGCAAGUCGCGUUUGGUGGCGUUGAGUCUGUGAACGAAUCAGUGAGUGAAUUUGUGAGCACAACCACAGAAGUUGCUGAGCAUCAUGAGCCUCUGACCACAACCACAGACGCCGCUGAGCUUAAUGCACCUGUGACCACUACCUCCGCUGGAAUAGCCCCCUCUAGCGAGGACGAGGUUUCGGCUGCGUCGUUAUUUGACGAUGUCUUCCGCUCCUUCGACGACGACGAGGCGAGAGACGAGCGAGACCAGGCAGCAACAGCAGCAGGCCUGUCCCGGCAUCGAAGACAUCCGGCAGCAGCAGGUUCGGGCACCGCGGAUACCACCACGGCAGCCACGCUGACCGGCGUACCGACCGCCGACAGCGCGACCGACCUGUCCACCACCACCGCGGCCGACGCAGUCGCCGCUGCUCCCGAGCCGCAGGGGGCGGCCUACGCCGCCGGGCGCCCGGGGCGCGGUUCCCUGUACUGCUUCGCGCUGAUGAUGCCCGACACCUACGAGGAGGCGCUGCUUCUGUGGCAGGUGAACGAGGGCGCGGGCAUCUUCGCGUGCGACGAGGCCGCCGUGUACAGCAACACCUCGCGCGAGCUGGUGCCAGCCCCUGGACGGCCCAGCGUGACGACGCUGAGGGUCAACUCCACCUUGUCUUGCGACAGCGGCGGCGAGUUCGGCACGGCCCUGAACCUGGACAUCUUCUUCGCCGUGUGGGAUGCCGUGAUCGGCAACGGUCGCUACAGGAAGCACGACUGGUCGGUGAAGGUGGACCCCGACUCCGUCUUCUUCCCGCACCGGCUGCACGGCGUACUGGACCCCCUCGUCGACGAGGGCCGGAGCGAGGCCGGGGCGUACCUCAACAACUGCCCCUUCGGCAUGCACGGGCCCGUCGAGGUGCUCUCGCUUGCCGCGGUGGACACCUGGGACGCGGGCCGGCAGGGGUGCGUGGAGCACUUCGAGGACCGAGCUGUGCAACGGCUCGUGCCUGUGGGGCGAGGACAUGUUCCUCGACCAGUGCCUGCAGCUGCUCAACGCCACGCGCGUCGACGACUUCGGCCACCUGCUCGAGGAUCGGGACCACUGCGACCCCCCGGAGGGCUGGCAGGAGACUGCGCCAACGGGAGCGCGGCGGCCUUCCACCCCUACAAGAACGUCUCGGCGACGUGCUUCGAUCGCGCGCUCGAGGCGGGCGGCGACGACGCGGACACGCCCCGGAACAGGGUCGCCCGCGUCGACGUCGCCCUCCGGCGGACGAGCCUGUCUAAGACCUAGCGGGCCAGAGAUCUGCUGCUGUUUGGUCCUCGUCAGCCCAGGGCGGUCCAUCUCCUGCUCCUCUUGCUCCUCUUCGUCCUCCUCCUGCUGCUCCUGGAGCCGUCGGACUCCGCAGCGCGUGCCGCUGGCGCUCCAUACCUAGAACCAGGAUGAAGAAUACAACUGCGCCGACCGUGAGCUGCCUCGCAUCGUGCUGCAUCUCUGCGGGCCCGAGGCACCCAACCAGUGAACCCGCGGUGAGUCGGCCAGCCUCUUCGACGUUCUCGGCUCGCGCCCUCAUUACUGAGACUCCCGCUGUCCCUGCAGCGUCUCGCUUGGUCGACCCUGGCCGCCUGCGAGCGCUGGCAGCCCGAAGCCGAGCCAAGCAGGAGGCAUCCAGGCGCUGCCCGGUGAUCAAGCUGAACGUUCUGCCUUGUGGUCGCCGUGUCCUGCUGCUCCCCUGUAUUGGUGGAGCACGAUCAGCGGAG